GCUGGUGUAGUCGGUUGAAGCGUGGCACCUCCGGCGCCCCGGCUGAGCCCCACCAUCACCUCGGCUCCUUUCCGCUUUCGCGCCCGCGUGCCCAGGGAGGGUUUGCUCGGCGUCCGGGACACGGCCCGGUGGCAGCCGGUGCGCCCCACACCCGGGACGCAUCCCCUGCCGUCUGGGAGGGGAGCGGAGCCGCGGCUGCUCCGGGAUCCCAGCGUGCGCCCCGUAGGAGCGGCCACGACCCCGGGAGGAGCGGGAGGCUGGGGGUGGGGACAGGCCGAGGUCGCGGCUUCUCCAGCCCCUUCCGCCGCCCCUCCUCUCGCCUUCCUCACCCUCUCUUCCCGGGCCGGCCUCUCAGGCCGCCCGCCCGCUGGGCCUUUCACCUUCUGGCAAAGCCAGGGAGUAGCGGUCGCGGCGGGGCCUGGGGCGCAGCGCACUCCCGCCAGCCCGGCCUCGCCUGGCAGGCCCCGGGGCCGGAUGCCCUCCCAGGGGCGAGGCCUUCGGGCCACACUCCCGCCUGCCCGGAUUUAGGGCGAGUCCUUCCCAAGACUCUGCAGCGGCCCGGGACGGGGAGCGCGGGCUGGGGCCUCGCCUCUCCGAGGGAUGCAGGGGAUGGAGGCGGCAGUGAAGCCUGCGCGCCGCGCUCAAGCAUCCAAGUCAGGGAGCAGAACAACCAGCACCAUGCAAGUGACUCCAGCUGUGGCCAGAAAUGGUCCAGAGCAGCCAGAUAGCAGACCUCUCCCAGGGCCCACGCUCUACCUCCAGGGAGACCAGACACCUAGCCUGGUAGCUCCCAGGCCUCCCAGGACAUGGAAACUGCAGCUCCAAGGCCCUUCUAUUCUCGAGUCCAAGGUGAAGGCCUUGAAGGAGAAAAUGACAGCAAGGAAACAGGGGGCAAAUCCCUGCCCCACUUCCUAUGAGCGCCCAUUGCCCCCCAAAUCCAAGUGCUGCCAAGUCAAGCCUGAAGCUGUCUGGAGCCUACUUGAGGGCUCUCCUCUACCAGAUACCCUAGUGGUUCCCCAUGCUCAGAACCAGACUGAUGGGCAGGUAGACAGCAGUGUUAAUGAGAAGAAACCUGCCAGGAACAGUGGACCCAGGCCAUCUACCCCUGGCCUCGGGAGCUGCAACGGACAAAGCCUAUGGUCUCCAGAAGCAGCGUGGCUGCUGGCUGAUCAUGGGGAUGGCCCAGCACCAGGAUCUGGCUCUUUGCAAGAGAGCCCCAACAACCAGGUCUCUGUGGGCCAGCCAGAGGGGCCUGGUCCCUAUAAAACCACCCACCUGAGCAGCCUGAAGAAGAGAAGACCUUACUUACUUGGAGACGGUGUAGUGACAGAGGGAGAUCUAGACAACAGAGCCCUAACAACCUCCAAGGAGGACUUAGUCCCCAGGUCAGACCUGCCAGAGAGGUUCCGGAGAGCUGGUGGCCUGGAGGCGCUGGGCACUGGGACAAAUGCUUUGUCCCUGUCUGAACAGGUGGAAAGGAACCGCCUCCUGCUGCAGGAGAUGCUGAAAGUUUCCAAACAGGGUUCUUCCUCGGUGGGAAGCCCAGACUGCACUCCAUCCUGGGACAGGGCUGCAUCAGAGAGACCAGCGGGAGACGUGGACUGGGACACGGGCACCCUCCUACAGGACUCAGGUCAGAGCAGGAUCUGCGUUCCCAAGCUGGAGCCUGUUCUGAGUGCCAGGGAUGAGGGAACCAAGCAUCUGACUCAGCAUGCUCGCAUGAAGGCCAGGACCCAACCACUCCGAGCCAGCCAUGAUAUUGUGCCCACCAUUGCUCAGGGCAGCCGCAAUGGCCAAAGCAGUCCAGCUCUAGAUGUCAGGAGCACCUCUUCCUCCAGAGAGAGCCUCCAGAAUGGGAACUUGAGUGACUCCUCCAGUGUGGACUCUGGCAAUGGGCAGUGGCCCAAGCAGGGAAUGCCGCCAUCUCACGUCCGAUUUGAAGAUGAGUCUGCCCACGAGGCUGAGUUCCGGUACCUGGAACGGCGCCAGCAGCGCCAGCGUCAAGUGUUAAGCACAGUGCUACCAGCUGUGGGCCAAGGACCUCUGCGCUCCAAGCCUGACUUAACCAACUACAUUAACCAUAACAUGGGGAACGGCGCAUUCCACAGGCCUGUGGGCUCCCUGGACCACAGUGAUUUCCCUGCACCACCAUCAACAUGGAGCAGUGAGAGGACAUGCCCAGCCUGUGGCAGCUGUCUUGAGGAGCGUUGCCCUGCCGAGGGGAGAGCAGUGCCUGACCUGAGGAUCCUCCAGGGUCUCCAGGCAACCUGUGAGCAGGCAUUGCUGCUGGGAUCCUGUAAUUCCCAUGACUUGAGCUCCCCAUUCCCAGGGCUCCACGCAGAAUGGAUCCGGGAAACACACAUCACAGACACUGUUGCCAUGCACCCUGAGGAAGGGGACUCUGCCCUCAACAGCGCCGUCAGUUCAGAUAGCUGGACUGACAUUAAGGAUGCCAGGACCUCUCAGCCCAGUGGGGCAGGUGGGCAGAUCCAAGGCAGCAGCCCCCGGCAGUGGCAGUGUGACUCUAGGCCUCAGGAAGGCCCCAGGUGGCCCAGGACUGAGGUGGAGCUGCCCUGGGACCUUCAGGCCGGGCCUCACCUACACGAGGUUGGUAAUGUGGUUGUAGGAGGGGAGAUAAAAGGAGCCACAGGACACAUACCUCAGGGGACUUUGCUUAUAAAGGAAGACGCUGAGCCCAGACCUGCCUCUGAACCCAAGAGGUCUUGGUCCCAGGGGCAUCUUGGGCUACAGUUAGGAAAUCACAGGGCCCACCCCGAGGAUUCCUGGACUACAUGCAGGACAGCUUAUGCUGUGCCAUCUUCCGAGAAGCUUGGGUCCUCAGGGUCAGGUCAGUCAGACCAAGUGACUGAAAGCCAGGAGUCUCUGGAAACUGCCUGCACUCCUUCUCUCCAAGGAAGCCCUGAGGAGCCCUCUGCACCUCGCCCAGCCCUACAGCCAACUUUGCCCCUCUCCCUCGAAGGCUGGGCGCCAACCCCUCCCUCUUCAAAGAAAUCCUGCCCGAUGCCUCUGAGGAAGUCAUCCUGUACUGGACAUCACAGGCAGGAACACCAGGUUGAGCACGUGGAUAUCCCCCUGCCUCUGUCCCCUCCAAGAAUCUCAGUUCACACCUCGCCCCAGACCCAACCCAACAGGCCCCGUGUCAAGCAUUCGCUGCUGGACCUGUCCGCCAGCACCAACGGCAGUGUCCCUCUGCGGCUGCAGGAGCCCCGAGGAAUAGCUGUUCCCAAGAGUAGAGUUGACAGGGAGUACUGCUGCCAGGAGCCUGGACUGCCCCUGUUGAGUGACAGAGAUGCAGAUGUCACCACUGUCAAUUCUACAGCCGUCACCCUUUCCCUCACCCCGGAGGAGCCUGAGUGCCACCUGGAGCCACACAGGACAGAAUCCAGCUCUGGGGGCCACAUGCCCACUGGAGCAUCACCUGAGGCCAGUGCAGGGCAUGCGCCACCCUCGGACGCCCAUUCUGAUGGGAGCAAGAAAAGGAGGAGCAGUAUCUCCUCCACCCUGGGGCUCAAAAAACUCUUCUCAGCCCUGGGCCACACCCCCCGGGCCAGACUGGGCCCAUCCCGGAGCUACAGUGUGGAACAGCUGCAGCCCUCAGCACUGGCUCCCCAGGCCAGUCCCUCCAAAGUGAAGAGAGCCCCAUCAUUACAAAUCCUGCAUCUGGUGUCACCCUCUCAUCAGCAUCGGAAAGCAGCUUCCUUCCAGAACCUCCAUUCUCUGCUAGGGGGCAAGGGAGAUCGGUCCAGCCUCUACCGGGUAGAGGGGCCAGAGGACCCCAGUACACUGAGCAGGCCAGCCAAAGCCUUUCCCCAUCGUGCCCUCAGCGUGGAAGAUGUGGGUGCUCCUAGCCUGGCUCGCACUGUGGGCCGGGUGGUAGAGGUGUUCCCCGAUGGCACGAGUCAGCUGCAGCUAAAACGACCCCCAGCGGGCACUUUUGGUUUCUGUGUGGCCUACGGCAAUGGUCGUCGAGACUCAGGACUCUACGUGCAGGCCAUGGCUGACCGGGAUACUGCCAAGCUGUACUCGGGGCUGCUCGGGGUGGGGGAUGAGAUCCUGGAGGUCAACGGGGCCAAGGUUGCUGGGCUGGGCUUGGUUCACAUCAAGGAGCUACUGGCUCGUGUGGAGAGCUUGUCAAUCCGUGUCUUGAGACAGAGGCCUGUUCCCCAGUGA